AUGGAGCAGCACACAUUGCGACGCCAUGGUCUCGGUCUCCGUGGAGUUGACGUCCGGCGUGUCUCACCGGGAUACGUUUUAUAUGCACCUUUAACAUCGAAGACAGCUCAUCUAGUCUCUACGACAGGUAAAGAGGUACAUCGAUGGAAUCUUCCGUAUCGUGCAGGAAGACACGCCCGAAUCCUUCCCGGCGGCAACCUCGCCUUCAACGGCGCCCACCCGGAAGCUCCCAGCCUAUUCCCGCUAUGGGCAAAGUAUCAUGGCGGCAUGAUGUUGCAAGUCAGCCCAGACGGAACAAUCAUGCGUCAAUACUCUGAUCCAUUGGCCCACCAUGACCAAAACCACCUGGAUGACGACACGAUCCUAUACACGACGCUAGAACCGCUCAGCACAGAGGAAGCAUCACGCGUGCAGGGCGGGAUUCCAGGUAGCGAGGCCCCAAAUGGUAUCAUCUACGGUGACUGCAUCAAGCUCGUGCAGCCAUGGUCAACCAACAGUGUCUCCUCCUCGGCGGACUUCAGUGGCAAUGGUCAAUCUGGCGCCAAGCUCCUGUGGUCGUGGCGCGCAAUAGACCAUCUGGAUCCAAAGCUCUUUGCUAAUUAUCUGAACUAUUCACGGCAACACUGGCCGCUUAUCAACAGUGUUGCGCUCAACUCAGAGGGAAACAUCAUCGCGUCGUCGCGCAAUGCAUCGACUGUGUUCAUUAUCAGUCGUGAUACGGGGGCGGUGCUGUGGUAUGUGUCUGCUCCGAUAGUGAGCCAGCAGCACUGUGUCGAGGAGCUUAAUUCCGCUGGGGAUAUAUUGGUUUUUGAUGAUGUUACCGAGGGAGGUGAGGUAGUUUGGGAGUAUGUUGUACCGCAAUUGGGAGAAUUCAAGGGAGUCAUGCCUGCGGAGGAGUUGGAGGAGUUGAAGAAGGCUGAGUCUAGUCACCCAAGUAAUGCGGUUUUUCGGGCUUAUAAGUACCGUCCUGAGGAGGUGCCUUGGAUUAGGGAAUAG